UACAUGAGAUCCAGUAAUAAAAAAAGAAAAGAAAAAAAAGCCACAGCCUUACCCCCUACAUUUUUAUUAUGGAACAUUUCAAACACACAAAUGACUGAGAAAACAAUGCAGUGAACUUGGUGUGUCUGCCACUCUUGGUGUUUGGAUGACCUCACUUCUAGCCAUCAGCCGACUGCUUUGAAGUUGGCUCCCAGUUCCUUUGAUGAGAAGCGGGCAGUUUUAAAUGGACUGCAUCAUCAGAAUCCUGAUGCUUGUUCAUUACGCUGAAAGAUCAGAGGCGUGGAGAACAUAAAGGGGCCAGGGCUGUGUUGGUCCUUUCCAGCAGGGGCUGUUCCUGUGCUCACUCUGUUCCCGCAGCUGCUGUGUCCAGUGUGUUUGCCAUCACUGUUACGUGAGGGAUUCCUCUCAUAGGAAACGUCUUGUGAGCAGAAGAUGUGGGAAAUGUAGGUUUCAUGUACAUCAGAUCAGUAAGGCAUUUACGAAAUACUCAGAACCGCAGAGGAGGGCAGGGUGACUUAAGGAGUCCUGGUUGAAUAGUUUGAAACUGCCCAAAGCCCAAGAAAUAGUCAUAGAACAACACCAAGAACACCAGACUUCUGGGACAAAAGAUCCCAGACUCCCCUGUGUCACUGUCUGCAUGCCCUGGGCAAUUCACUUUGUUUGUUUGUUUGUUUGUUUUUUGGUGUUUGGUUCCCUCAGUUAUGGAGAGGAGCACUGAACUUUGUCUCUAAGUAUCCAGACUCAAUUCUGAAAUUACAGAAAUCAUUUGCCCAAAACUGUACAGUCACUCCUUUUUUUCAAGACAGGGUUUCUCUGUGUAACAAACCUGGCUGUCCUGGAACUUGCUUUGUAGACCAGGCUGGCCUUGAACUCACAGAGAUCCGCCUGCCUCUGCCUACUGAAUGAUGGGAUUAAAGGAGUUGGCUACCACCAAUUGACUCUGUAUAAUCGAUGUUACAAGUGGCCCGCAGUUGCCAGGUGGUGGUGGUGCAUGGGAGGCAGGGACAAGCAGAUCCUUGACUUCAAGGCCGGCUUGGUCUACGUAGGGAAUUCCAGGUCAUCCAGGGCUGCACAGAGAAACCCUGUCUCAAAAAACCAAUAAAGUAAAUAAAUAAUAAAUCGUGGCUCUCAAACCUGAUAGGUCAUAGACUUCACCUCUCUUUUUUUUUUUUUAUUUCUUUUCUUUUUGAGACAUGAUCUCACACUGUAGCCUAGACUGGUCUAGAACUCACUAUGCCCUCCAGCUCACAGCAGACCCUGGCCUCAGCUGCUGGAGUGGUAGCGGAGUUACAGGUGUAAGCGAUCAUGCUGGGCUUCCCCCUUUGAAGAAGGACCUGAGGCUGCCCAAGGUGCAUCACCUAAGGCAAGGAUACAAAACUAAAAACAACAUAUACCAGGACUGGAGAGAUGGCUCAGUGGUGAAGAGCACUUGUUCCUGCAAAGGAUCUGGGUUUGAUUCCCAGCACCAUGUGGCAGCUCAUAAGUGUCUGUAAUUCCAGUUCCAGGAGGUCCUCUUCCGACCUUUCUGGCCUCCAGGCGUGUGACUGGUACAUAGACAUAUGUACAGACAAAACAUACACAUACAUAAAUCUAAAAAUAAUUAAAAUAAAGAUCAUCUAUCCAGGAGCAAUUUCUUUGUGAGUCUGAAAUCUUGGUAAUGCUUUUAUAUAACUUGAUCUGUUUGAUUAGACAGUGGCCUCCUUCUACCUUCAUCCGUGCCCUCCCCCCCCCAAAAAAAAAGGAAAAGAAAAAGAGUAAGUCUUUCAUUUCCAAAGCUGCCUGACAUUUGGGAGACUAACCAGAUCCUUACAUUAAGCAGAGAUGAAUUAGGAAAUUAGAGUGAUGAUAAGUAGGUGUCCAGAGACUCCUGGGAAAUGAACCUGGAGAACGCGAAAUCCCAUUCUCAGUAAAGUUCUGGAUAUUUUCCUGUGGCUCAGCGUUAAUGAAAAAGAAGUUGCUUGCCCCGUUUAAAGAAGGGCACCAAGGUAGGGAUUAAGCGUCAGUGAAUUGUGAGCUCGUCAUUGCUAGAAGUGGUAAUUCUUGCUUCAAACUUGCCUUUGCAGGCUAGCUAACGACCAGGAGAAAUAGAGUGGAAAAUGCAAAACAACGAAAUUAUUAAACCGGCCAAAUACUUCUCAGAGCUGGAGAAGAGCAUCUUGCUUGCUUUAGUAGAAAAGUACAAGUAUGUGUUGGAAUGUAAGAAAAGCGAUGCGCGAACUAUUGCCCUCAAGCAGCGCACCUGGCAGGCACUGGCCCACGAAUACAACUCUCAGCCCAGCGUGUCGCUGCGGGAUUUCAAGCAGCUGAAGAAGUGCUGGGAGAACAUCAAGGCUCGGACCAAAAAAAUUAUGGCCCAUGAGAGGCGGGAGAAGGUGAAGCGCAGCGGGAGCCCACUACUGAGUAACCACGUCCUGGGCAAGGAAAAGAUCGGCAGCAUGCUGCCGGAGCAGCUGUACUUCCUGCAGAGCCCGCCUGAGGAGGAGCCCGAGUACCACCCGGAUGCAGCUGUCCAAGAAUCCUUUCCUGUUUCCAAUAGAGAACUGUGCGACGAUGAGAAGGAGUUUGUCCAUUUCCCGGUGUGCGAGGGGACCUCACAGCCCGAACCUUCGUGUUCCGCCGCCGUCAGAGCCACAGCCAACAAGAACUACAGGAGCAAAACCGCUCAGGAAGGCGCUCUGAAAAAGAUGCACGAGGAGGAGCACCACCAGCAAAUGUCCAUCCUCCAGCUGCAGCUGAUCCAGAUGAACGAGGUGCACGUGGCCAAGAUCCAGCAGAUCGAGCGCGAGUGCGAGAUGGCGGAGGAGGAGCACAGGGUCAAGAUGGAGGUCCUCAACAAGAAGAAGAUGUACUGGGAGAGAAAGCUGCAGACUUUUACCAAGGAAUGGCCCGUGUCCUCGUUUAACCGGCCCUUCCCCAACUCACCCUAGGAUUGGGCGUGGCCCCCGGUAGUUAAUCUGUGCUGGCAAGUUUGGGAUGUGACCUUGGCGGUCGGUAGCCUAUGACAGGCCUAUGACUAGAGAGGUAGUAGUCACUUAUUUAAGAAUACGUUCAGGUAAAGAGCUGCACCCCGCGCCCCCCUCGAGUGGCCAAGAAGCUGUUACAGUCUCUGAAAAAUCACCACUAUGCGUGCUAUAACUCUGAAUGUAACCUUUCUUAAUUAGAAUUCAUAGAAGAACCGUGUGUGAGUGUUUUUUAUUUUAACAAAAUGCAAGUGUGGUGGUACAGGAGCGUGGCUGGUGAUUUCUACUUCAUUUUUUAGGGUUUCUUUUUUUUCAGCUAACAGUGGGGCUUUUGCGCCCAGAUAGAUGUUAAGCCCUCCCACUUAGAGGCUGCCCUGCGUGGCUGAUUCUCCACGUUCUUGGUGUCAAACUCUUGAGUGUGGAUGUCUGGGAAGCCAGCCUUUAGAAGGGUAUUUCCUAACAGGGCUCACAAACUGCCUUUUAAGGCUUUCCCCAAAGAGGCUUUCCAAGUAGUGUCUCCCACAGUGGUGGCUUUAGUAGAAGCAGAGACAUCACUUUGAGGGUUUCAUGUUCCUUUAGGUUCCUAUGUCCUGUUUGUUUUACUAAAAACGUCCUAAAAUGUUGUAGUUACACUGCGUAUGUUUCUAAAGGUGCUGCCGGCCCAGCCCAUAUCCUGCCCCGCUUUUGACUACUGAGUGAGUGGUUGCCCUGACUCUGUGUCACCUCUGGCCUCCUUAGGAAAGGCCCUGCUCUCACUGUGCACAUCAAGGUGUUAGCCAAUGGUAAUGCUGUAUUGCUGGUGCUGCACUUCAGUCAGGAUUAGGCUCUGUUAGGAUCUGUUACCGACAUAUUUGGAGAUAUGGAUGGAUAAAUGGGUGCUUCGAUUGAGCUGAGAGGCUUCUGCUGUAGCCUAAUGUUUAAAAAAAAAAAAACAAAAACCCACCAAAAUGUUCCCUUUAGAUCAUUUUGAGUUGGGGGCAGAAGGAGCUGGAAGUGGCAGAGUGACACUUGAGUGCCCAGGCAGAUGAGCAAUUUCUGAGAAUGAGACUCUGUACGGGGGAGCGGGAGUACCGUCAGGGCUGCUGUGCUAAGUGUGGUCCUGCCUGCUGUGUGACUGGCUAACGCCCUAACACCUUGGCCUGGUGCUUCCCGUCCACAGAACAAGGCAUUGGGUCUACAUACUCUUUAACUACGGUGUAGCCGGUGUGCAUGCGGCUCACAUCACGGUAGCCGGGGAGGGGGGGAGGGGCAUGGGUCUGCACAGGGUAGUCUCCAGAACUGGCCAGGCCUUGGAAUCUGGGGCCUGGGGCCUGUAAGGUUUUAUAAGGUUCUCACAGACUCCCAGUUUGGGCACUGCAUAAUUAUAACAUAAGCAGGUAUCAAUUUUGUACAUUGAAUCUAUUUUAAGUAUUUUGGAGGAAUUAGUCCAUUAUUUUAGAUAUAUCCUGCAAUGAGAGACUAGAAGUAGGAUCCUUUCGAUGAGGGUUUCUGUUCUUGGUUUUUAUUAAAUGGAUCCUUUGGAGAGUGAGGGGUUUUAAAGUCUCAAGCUCAGAUGGCGUGUGGAAGAUAGAGAUUGACUCCCUGAGUCAGGUACAGGACAGGGACAGAAAGUCUUUCAAGUCCCAGGUUGUGCCUGGUCUGCUCAACACAUCUCUGAACGUCAGGACUUAAAGGGAUCUUACCGAGUUUUGCAUCUUUUGUAUACAGUGGUGUGGUGGUUGUGCUUUUCUAAGAAUUUAUGACUUAAAUUCACAAACAGCAACACAGAAUAACCAAAAUUUCCCCAAACCGUAGUGCAUUUUAAUUGGACUACAAAAGCAUUGAACUAAUUCAUGACUGAACAAAUACAGGAUAAUUAAGCCAGAGCCUAAAGCCCCCUUGCUGUACUGCUAAUGGUAUUUAUGAGUUUACAAUAGUGGUUUGCAAUAUUUGACUGUGUGUUAGAAAUAAUAUUUUUAAAUAAUUAGUCCCACUGGUUCUCACUUCCAGUGGGUUCUGAGUCAGUUGACUUGGGGUGGGGCCUGAUAGUAUUUUUGGAAACUUUGUAGGUGAUUAUGAUGCAUAAUUGAGAUUGAGAACCACUCUGUGCAGAGUUCACAGAUGUAGUUCUGUUGGUUCUUAAUUCCACAAAGCCAUGGAGAAGGAAGGAAUUGAUGAUCAGAGAAGAACCCGUCUGGCACCAGGCCCGUAGCUAGUAAACAGCAAAAGAGGACUUUAGGCAGGACCUCUUGGUUCUGAAACACACAGCCCAACCUGCUGUCUAUACCCUUUCUCUUGCAGCGCUGUCAACGGUUUGUUUUAUGUUGAGACUGGAUAAUGUUACCGAGUGCUCGCCGAAGCAUCUUCAUUCAUGAGCAAACACAGCACAUCCCAAUUCAUUUUGCUCUUAAGCCUUUUAUUACCUGAGGUAGAAAGGCAAUAACCAUUUCUUGACAGGGAUUGUGGGGCAGAUACAUAUGAAAAAAUAUUAAGAUAUGGUUCAACGUCAUGGACAUUGCCCAGGAGGGAGGGUGGGCUUGUAAGCGGCCGACUAUGGAUUUAACUGGUACACAUCAUCAAAUGCUUUCUCAGUUGAUGGAAAAUGAGGAAAGGAAUCACAGAGGGGUGGGGCUUGAAUUGAGUCUUUAGAGCUGACAUUUUUUUUGGCAGGUGGGGUUUGGAAAGCAGAACACAUCACUAGAUAACACGUAGAUGGGAGAGAGAAUUUUCAAAUCGAAUCAGAACUGUGUGCCAGGAGGAAAAUUAGAAAAUGGGACUGAGAGGGGAGGAGACUGGAGUUGGGGAUUACAGAUAGGAGGGUCUGACUUGGCGUGGGUGAGAUGUCAGGGCCAGGAGGAGGUAGGAGACCAGGGCGAAGGGGAGACUCAGACGUGCUGGUUGUUUUUGUUGGAGAAGAGUGGAGGGUGUUCAAAGUUAGAUUCAUGGAGAAUAAUACGGAUGACUGAAAUGGACGGACAAUGCAAAUGCUCUCUGGGACAUUUGACUUGUCCUAGAGGAGCCUAGGUACAGACGCUGGCACUUGUUCUCAGUGCUGAGUGCUCUGUCUCUGCAGUGACUUCCUCCUCUUCACCUGUCCUUGUUCCUCCCACCUCAGAUACCUUUUCCAUUGGGUCACACUAAGACAACCAGAGGUUCUUUGUUUUGUUUUUUCUUUUGUUUUAAUGUAGUGGCCUCCGGUUUUUCUCUAGAUAGUUGGCACCCACCAAUUUGAGGUAUAUUUUGGUUUUGGGUUUUUUUUUUUAAUGUCCCAUGUUGCAUAGAGAAAUCCUGAUUGAAAAAGGUUGGUGACUUCCAUAUAUGAAUAUUACAACCCAGUGGGUCCAUGAUUUAGGAAUGUUUCAAGGGUUUUGCCAGGACAAUCUCUAAAUGCAUUUUCCUUUUGUUCCACUUCUGAAGAGUCUAGGAGGCAGAGAUGACAUGGCAGGAGAGUACAUUUUAGUUGUCAACGGUCUCUGCAGUGUCAGGUCAAUUACAUCAGCACUUGGUCUAGACCAGGGGAAAGGAAUGAUUGUGCCUCCUGGGAAUGUCACAAGGACCUGAUAAUUAUGUUUGGCAAAGCUAUGAGGAGUGGCUCUGUAAUGUCAUUGCUGAGAAUUACCCUUUUGGUAGCAUUUCAGGACGCCUGGGCUUUUCAGAUGACUGGUACUCCAUUUCUGCAGUGCCUUGCUUCCCACCGGGCUGUUUCCCAGGAGGUCCUCCUACUCCUCGGUGCCCCUGCUUCUCUGUUUGUAUUUUCUCCUCCCCAAGCCCCGUUUCUCCAGCCCCUCCUGCCCUUAUCUCAGUUUCCACUCUCCCAUGCUAGAGGUGGAAGGUAUGAGGAUGCUGAUGCUGGGGUGCUGAUGAUUCUGGGGUGCUGAUGCUGGGGUGCUGAUGCUGGGAUGCUCGGAGGACUGCUCAUUCAGCACCUGAGGUAGCCUCAGUCCAUGCUUCCAUGACUUGCUUCCAGGCUGCAGUUGCUACCUUUGUGUUCAUGGGACUCAAAAGUCAUGGGAAAGGUGACCAGGAACCUGUGACAGCAACAAAUGCUUUCCCGAUUGUGCCAUAUAUUAUGCUCUUCCACACAGUUUACUAAUCUCUGCCUCAGUUUCUCCAUCUGUGAAAGUGAUGUAAUACUUAUCUACCUCCCUUGGAUGUUGUGAAGAUUAGUAUGUGUUGGUAAAGCACUUUUGAAAUAAAGAAUGAUACCAAGCAUUUGA